ACACACCCUGUGAGGGAUGGAAAGCCAAAGAGCAGGAAAGUAAUUUUUUCUACCCUCAUUACGUUGUGCAAAUGCAAUUUGCUGUCUGUGCAGUAUUCAAAAGGCAUCCAAGAAACGGUCAUGUAUGAUGGAUAAUGUUUCAGUUAUUAACAUGCUUACUCUGUCAGGGUUAAGCGGAACAGCAAAUUACAGAGUUACUCUCUUUGUUCUCACUUUACUGUGUUACUUUGUGAUUUGGUUGGUAAAUAUGACCAUUAUUGUGACAAUCAUUGUGGAUAAAAGCCUUCAUGAACCCAUGUACAUCUUCCUCUGUAAUUUGUGCAUUAAUGCACUUUAUGGGACUGCAGGGUUUUAUCCCAAAUUCCUCUAUGAUCUUCUGUCUGCCACUCAUGUCAUUUCUUAUGCUGGAUGUCUUCUGCAGGGUUAUGUGUUGCACUCUUCUGCUUGUGCUGAUUUUUCUCUUCUAGCUCUGAUGGCCUAUGACAGAUACGUGGCCAUAUGUCGACCGCUGGUGUACCAUACUGCGAUGAGUAAACAAAGAAUUUGCAUCUUCGUGUUUAUCGCUUGGCUUAUUCCCUUUUACUUGCUGUUCAUGAGCACAAUAACGACAUCAGCAUUGAGGUUAUGUGGCUCACUCAUACCAAGGAUCUACUGUGUUAAUUGGUUGAUUUCUAAUCUAGCUUGCUCUGCCUCCAUAGCUACAGUUAUUGUUCCAGCAUUUAACUAUACUUUUUACUUUGGCCAUGUUGUUUUUAUUUUUUGGUCUUACUUAUAUCUCAUCAAAACAUGCCAAUCGUCCAAAGAGAAUACAAGUAAAUUUAUGCAGACAUGUAUGCCACAUGUAUUCUCUUUAGCAGUUGUCGGUUUAUCUUUCCACUUUGAUUUGUUAUACAUGCGUUUUGGCAAAAAAGAAAUAUCACAAAAUGUUAAGAAUUUUAUGGCGAUGGAAUUUCUCCUCAUUCCCCCAAUAUUCAAUCCCAUCAUGUACGGUUUGAAACUGACACAAAUAAGACAAAGACUUUCUAAAUUUAUAUGCAGUAAAAGUAGUUUAUAGAUCAAAGUCAUGAGUUUGCCCGCAUUCUGUUUGUAUACAUGUGCGAUUUGGAGAGAAUGACACGUUGUUUCUCAGUUAAAAUCCAGUUUUUUAAUAUUUGUGUCACAAAAUAAUUGCAACAUGAAAAGCACUUUACUCACUGUUAAAUGAUGCAUGUAUCGAAAACAUCUUUGUCUCUGUCAAGGACAACAGCACACAAACAGAAUGUGCAGAAAACAGUGUCUGUCUCUGGGGUGUUGCCGUUGAACACACAACACUGAAAUGUGCUCUGAAGAAACUGCUUGAAAAUCUGACACAGUGAUUCAUUCACAAUUUUGUUGUUUUUGUUAACUGUCUGAACAUGGUACGCAUGCAGUGCUCUCAUGCAAAGUACUGGUGUAGUUUUAAAUAGAGAGCCAUUCGAGCUAUAGAAACUAUGGACUGUAUUCACUGCAGCUCACUUGUAAACAUUCAGAUCCUAUAAUUUGUGUAAAAGAUUGUGGAUGUUCAUUUAGCCAAUCUGAGUACAGUGUGUGAAAUGCAAUCACCAUGUUGUGUUACCUGGAAUUUGUUAAAAACAUAAAUUAAUAUGAUGCUCAUUGGUUGUUAUGGUUAGAAUUAAACAUGUUUACUCAAGAAUGUUAUUUUUUCUUUUAAAAUGGCUUGUAUUUCCCCGGUUUGCAUUCUGAUUUGUUUUUCUUGUGAAAGUAAAACUUCAUUCUCAAACAUUA